UAACAAAUUUCAAAUUUCGCGCCGAGACUCGAAUCAUCGAUACAUCGAAGGUCGAAUUGUGUCGUCCAUUUUAGUGUUUUCGACGGUUCCGCGUGUUUUUCGUUCCCGUUUUCCUAGCAAAAUGAAGAUCGGACUGUGCGCUUACAGUGGGUACAAAAUUUAUCCAGGCCAUGGAAAAACCAUGGUUAAAGUUGAUGGAAAGUCGUACACUUUCCUCAACUCAAAAUGUGAAUCCGCACAUCUUAUGAAGAGGAACCCCAGGAAAGUGACAUGGACCGUCCUUUACAGACGCAAGCACAAGAAAGGUCAGGAAGAAGAACAGACAAAAAAGAGGACUCGACGCACCCAAAAGUUCCAGAGGGCUAUUGUGGGUGCGUCUCUGACUGACAUUCUUGCUAAGCGUAACAUGAAGCCUGAAAUCAGGAAAGCUCAGCGAGACCAAGCUAUCAAGGCCGCAAAGGAACAGAAGAAGGCAGUAAAGGUUGCGAAAAAGGCUGCCGCUCCCCCGAAGGCAAAACCUGUUCCCAAACAGAAAGCCGCAAAGGUUUCGCAAAAAGCUGCCCCACGUGUCGGGGGUAAGCGGUAAACUUUCGUGUAAGUGAAAAUAAAAAAUAAAAGUGGUAAUCGCUCA